AUACAUACAUACAUACAUACAUACCCCAUAUAAUGAAUACGCAUACACCCAUACCAACUCCUUCUAAAGGUUCAAAAAUAUUAUGUAUCAAUUUCAAUCAAGAUCAAGGGUGCUUUGCUGUAGGUCAUGAAAAUGGAUUUCUUGUAUAUAAUACCAAUCCUAUUGAUUUACGAGUAAAACGUAAUUUCAAUCAUCAUCAUAACAAUAAUCAUAAUCACAGUCGAUCUAAUUCCAAUAAUGAAUCGAAUCAACCACAGCCAUUCUCUCAUCACUCAUCAGUUUCAUCAUCUAGUUCUUCUGGGUCAGGAAUAGGUCAUAUAACUAUGUUACAUAGAACAAAUUAUCUUGCAUUAGUGGGAGGGGGCAAGAAUCCUAAAUUUUCCAAUAAUAAAUUAAUCAUAUGGGAUGAUUUAAAACGAAAGAAUAGUUUAAGCUUAGAAUUCAUGAGUCCCGUGUUAAAUGUAUUAUUAUCAAGAACUAGAAUUAUCAUAGUUUUAAAAAAUCAAGUAUUAGUAUAUGGAUUUUCUGCUCCACCUAAGAAAUUUGCAACUUAUGAAACUAUAGAUAAUGAAUUAGGAUUAGCUGAUUUAUCAGUUAAUUCAACUAUAGUAUCAUCAUCAUCAACUACAUCAUCUAAUGGAGAUUCAUCAACCAUAAAUACUAAUGAUAAUAAUAGUACUAUGUCAUUAAAUGCAUCUAUAUCAUCGAAUGGUUCCAAUAAGGACAAUAAUGGUUCACAUAUUAGCACCACUGCAUCAUCAUCAUCAAGUAAUAAAUAUCAAACGUUAGCAUUUCCAAGUCGAUCAAUUGGACAAAUUCAAAUUGUUGAUGUUAGUCCUCAUGGCCAGGAAAAGAAUUUAGUUAGUAUUAUAAAAGCUCAUAAAUCAAAUAUUCGAUGUUUAGCUUUAAAUCGAUCGGGAACUUUAAUUGCAUCUGCUUCUGAAACUGGAACUAUUAUAAGGGUUCAUUCUACUCAUAAUACUGCUUUAUUAUAUGAAUUUAGAAGAGGGUUAGAUCGAGCUAUUAUUACAUCUAUAAAAUUUAAUCAUAAUGAUUCAAAAUUAGCUGUGUUAUCAGAUAAGAAUACUUUACAUAUAUUUAAUCUUUCCUCAUCGAUUCAUGGAUCAUCCCUAGAGAGUAGUACAUCAAUGAAUACAUCAUUAUCAUUAUCUACAUCGAAUUCAUCUGCCAAUACGAUAAUGUCAUCACCAUCACCAUCUCAAACAAUAUUAUCAAAGAACAAUGGACAAAGUCAGAAUCAAAAUCAACAACAUACAACAACCAGUACUACUACGACUAAUAUUUAUUCUAAUUUCCAAAAUUCAUCAUCUAAUAAAAAUAAGACUAAUUCGAAUGAUCAUCAACAAACCCAAUCUCCUCAACCUCAGAAAUUUUAUCAUAUCCCAGUUAAUAGACAUCAUGUAUUACAAAAAUUACCAUUACCCUUACCUAAUUAUUUCAAAUCCACUUGGUCGUUCUGUUCGAUCAAUACGAAUCAAUAUCAUAACGAAUUCAAUAAUGAUGUGAAUCAUAAUGAUAUUGGAGUUCUUGGAUGGUCGAAUAAUGAUAAUGUGAUUAUAAUUUGGAAGAAUAAGAAAAUAUGGGAGAGAUAUGUUAUAUUAGAGAAAUAUGGACCGGGAAAUACUACCUCUUUGCAUGCUAAUUCGAUUGAUGAAGUUACAUCGUCAAACUCUACUGCUGGUGGUCAUACGAGUUGGGAAAUUGUCAGAUCAAGUUGGAAAUACCUUGAUAGUUUAGAAGAUUAAGUACAUGCUUUUUUUUUCUGGGAUUGAUUUUGUAAAGAUU